AUGGAGGAUCCAAUCAGAAUUGGAGGAAGAGGGAGGCAUGAAGUAAAUUUAGCCUCAAGAAAAGCUGAAGAAGCAGCCCUGAGGAGAUUUCAAGCCACACACUGGCUCGAAUGUGUGAUGGGGCCACUUGGAAUAUCAAACCAACCAUCAGAACAAGAGUUCAUUACCUGUUUAAGAAAUGGUCUGAUCCUUUGUAAUUUGAUCAACAAAAUUCAACCAGGCUCUGUUCCAAAGGUUGUGGAGAAGCAAUCAUCUUUCAAUUCACUUCUUUGGGAUUCACAACCAUUGCCUGCCUAUCAAUAUUUCGAAAAUGUCAAGAACUUUUUGGUAGCUGUUGAAGAAUUGAAGCUUCCUUCAUUUGAAGCAUCUAUUUUUGAGAGGGAGAAUGUGGAGGAGGGAUUGUCAACAAAGGUUGUUGACUGUCUUUUGGCACUUAAAGCAUAUCAGGAGUGGAAGCAGAUGCCUGGGAGUAAUGGAGUUUUUAAGCCUCCAAGAUCCCCUUUUGUGGUGCAUUCAUCGUGUAGGCCCAAUUCACGCCCCCAAGGAACAACAAUAUCCAAUAGUUGCCGACAAUUGGAACUGUCAAGCAGUGAAAAGCCACCACCUGCACUACCUGAAAAUCAGAAAUUUCAAGAUUAUAUAGUCAAGGCUCUGACUGAUUAUAUGGUUGAAUCUAAGGAAAAUGUGGACUAUGAACAUUUCGCUUCAUUACAUGAUGGAAACAUGGAUCCAGCAAAGUUGUUUAGAGAGGUAUUAUCUAAUUGUGUGGAGGAACAACUCCAGAAAAAGUUUCCUGAGUUGAAUCCAAAAAUUUUGAAACCUAACAUGAGAAGCAGCCCAACUGGCAGUGCAUUUUCCACUCCCCCACAAAAUUUGUCUGCUCCUCGAAAUGGAAAGUGGUGCAGGGCAUGUUUGAGGAAUGGUACCUGUAACCACUGGAAUUUGGUUCAGAUGCAUGAAAAGGAAAUUUUGAAUCUCAAGAUGAUACUUGCAAGUGCAAAGAAAGAGUUUCAACAACUGCAAAUUCAAUUACAGAGAGAUUUGCAACUAGUUGGAGGACAGGUGCAAGAGAUGUCUUUUGCUGCACAAAAGUACCAUAAGGUUGUUGAAGAGAACAGGAAUCUCUACAACAUGGUUCAGGAUUUAAAAGGAAAUAUUAGAGUGUACUGCAGAAUCAGGCCUCUAUUCAGAGUUGAGGCAAAAAGUUGCAUCGAUUUUGUUGGAGAGGAUGGGUCUUUGGUAGUUGCAGAUCCACUCAAACCACAAAAAGAUGGAAGAAGAGUUUUUGAAUUCAAUCGUGUAUUUGGGCCGAGUGCCACUCAAGAGGAUGUGUUUGCAGAUACUCGUCCACUCAUUAGAUCAGUCAUGGACGGGUAUAAUGUGUGCAUUUUUGCUUAUGGACAAACUGGAUCUGGAAAAACACACACAAUGUGUGGACCUUCUGGUGGUGCAAAUGAUCAGCUAGGAAUUAAUUAUUUAGCCAUCAAUGAUCUCUUUCAUCUAUCAGUUGAAAGAAAGAACAUCAUGAAGUAUGAUAUCCAUGUGCAAAUGGUUGAGAUAUACAAUGAGCAAGUGCGUGAUCUUCUUACAGAAGAUUCGUCAGUCUCAAAAUAUCCUUUUCUCAUUUUAAACUUGGCUCUUCCGGAUGCCUCAAUGCACCGUGUGAGGUCUACUUCCGAUGUGAUUAACUUGAUGAAAUUUGGGGAAACCAACCGAGCUGUUGGCUCCACUGCAAUCAACAACAGAAGCAGUCGUUCUCACAGUGUGCUAACCAUUCACGUGAAUGCUGAAGAUGUAUCCGGGAACAGACUUCGCAGUUGCCUUCACUUGGUAGACCUUGCAGGUAGUGAACGCGUAGACAAGUCUGAAGUCACUGGAGAAGGGCUUAAAGAGGCGCAGUAUAUCAACAAGUCUCUUUCAAGUUUGGGAGAUGUCAUUAUGGCAUUGGCCCAGAAGAAUUCUCACAUCCCUUAUAGAAACAGCAAGCUUACACUACUGUUGCAAAAUGCAUUAGGUGGACAUGCAAAAACAUUGAUGAUAGCUCAUGUGAGCCCAGAGUCUGAUUCUUUUGGAGAAACAGUUAGUACCUUGAAGUUUGCUCAAAGGGUCUCAACUGUGGAGCUUGGUGCAGCUUGUGCAAACAAAGAAAGCAGUGAAGUUUUAGAGCUCAAAGCACAGAUUGAGAGCCUAAAGAAGACAUUGGCCGACCGGGAUGCAUAUACACCACAAAGAAAUAAAUCAAAAGACGCUGCAAGGUCGCCAAUAACUGAGAAAAAGGUACCUAAAACCCCACCACCGCAGAGAGGAUCAAGGAGAUUAAGCUUGGAAGGACCCAGAUUGACUAAAACAAAUCCUGAGCAGAUUAAGAUAGUGGAGCCUGUUCAACCGCAAGGCCCCUUUGUACAGAACACUGCCAAUUUUGAAGAUGCAGAGUCACUAACUAGUACAUCUCAUGGAACUAUCGAUAAUGGUGAUUUUGCAGCUGAUCUCAACCUCUCAAAUGUUCCAAGAAGUCCAACCAGGGCUGCUUUAAGGAGUCCAACCAAGCCUCCUCUUAAAAGUCCUACGAAGCCUGCUCUAAGAAGUCCUAUGGCCAAAGUAGAGAAUAGAACAAGAAUACCACGUCUUCAACAAACAAUGACACCUGAUCCUACAUCAGCAUCCAAAGCUGUAGGCCAGAAGGGAAUAAAGACAGCUCAAGGUGUUCCUUCCGAACUUUUGAUUCCUGGCUUGACUAACACAACUUCAAAUGGAAAGGGAUCUCACAUAAGGAAAUCACUUCGGACUAUCGGGAAACUUAUCAAUGGUUCUGAGAAAAGGAAUCAGCCCAAAUUCUUAGAAACAGGAGCUGCUCUAUCGCCUUUGAAUGGCUCAAUGGAAAACAUAUUUGAUGAGGAACAGUCUCCAAUUCCGUCGAACUUGAAAGCACUAAGGAGACAGUCAUUGACUAAUAUGCAACCACCGGAGAGAUCAAGGAGAUCUUCUUUGGGAGGAAAUCCUAUUCCAUACACUAACUCUACAACUAAUGAAAAGAGAAAUCCUCCUACGACACCCCCUCCGGCCGUCCGUGCUUCGACCAAUAUGACAAAAAGAUGGAUGUAG